GUGAACGAUGUUUUAAACAGGAUAUUUACUAGCUAAAAGCUACAGAUAGGUUCAAAUUUUACAAUGGGCGUUUAAUCCAAAACGUAAAUUUUAUCUUGCUGUAGUCCCAUUGGACAGUCUUGCUGGUUGUCUUUGUUUAUCCGCAUCAGUGACUGUUAGUAGAAUUCUGGAAUUGCUAGCGGAAUGACUGAGGGUACUGCACAAGUUUCCGAAACACAGCAACAAGCUGGCAAGGUGUGCCCGGAAGGAUUUAUAGAUUUAAGCCCAAAUGGUGACUGUGGCAUACUCAAAAAAGUGUUGCGAGAAGGGUUUUCUGAUGUCAAGCCAUGUGAUGGCGAUACAGUAAUUGUACAUUAUGUCGGGACCAACGUUGGUGGAAAAGAAGACGGUAAAAUUUUCGACUCAAGCAGAGCACGAAAUGAGAAGUUUGAAUUCACAAUCGGGAAUGGUAGUGUAAUCAAGGCUUGGGAUAUCGGUGUUGCUACAAUGAAACUUGGAGAACUUUGUGAACUCAUUGCGUCUCCUGAUUAUGCCUACAAGGACGGAAAGACUCUUAAGUUUGAGGUGGAGCUCUUUGAAACCUUGGGUUCUGAUGUCAGCAGAAACAAGGAUGGAAGUAUUCGCAAAUCUGUUAUUAGGAAAGGGAGGGAUAUUUAUAAUCCUGUUGCUGGCAGCGAGGCUACAAUUAUCUUCCGCAAUUUAAAAGACUCGACGGAGAAUGUGGAAGUUACGUAUUGCGUCGGGGAUCCCCCAUCAAGUGUGCCAGAAGAGUUGGACUUGUGUAUUCGCCAUAUGAAUACAGAUGAAUUCUGUCGUGUGGUGAUCCACAAAGAUAAAAACAUGGCAGCUGAGGGUGCUGAUAAAAAUCGUGUGGUUUAUGAGCUAACGUUAAAGUCUUUUGAAAAGACCAAACAUCUCUCAGGUAUCUCAUCAUUUCCAGAGCAGAUGGCUUAUGCAAAUGUACUAAAAGAAAAAGCUAACAAUUUUCUUAAGGACUCUAAAUUCGAUGCAGCUAUCGAACUGUACAAACGUUUGGAUGAUGAGCUACAGUACAUUGUAGCUAAUGGUCCUGCAGAGCAAAAAGAAUUAUCCGCAGUUACUGUAGCCGUCCAACUUAAUUUAGCGUUGACUUACUUAAAGCUGUGCAAAUCAGAUAAAUGUAUUGAAUUUUGUAAAAAAGUACUGGACGUUUUUAGCGACAACGAAAAGGCGCUGUUUAGGAUAGGUCAGGCGCAUCUACUACGUAAGGAUCACGAGGAGGCCGCUAUUUACUUCAAAAAAAUUGUAGCUAGAAAUCCCAACAAUGCUGCUGCUGUCAAGCAGUUGCAUAUGUGUGAAGAGGAGAUCAAAAAGGCUAAAGAUAUGGAACGGCGAAAGUUCCGAAGUGUUUUUGAGCGUUGUAAAGACACGGGGUUAAAUGAUACUCAGAAGCUCGAAAACGGGGUUGCGUUAGAUGACGAGAAGUCUGCACUGUAAAUGUGUGUUCCUAAACCAGUAACCCGUGAUUUUGUAAAUGUUUCCAAUAACCGCUACCAAUUUUGAACUUUUUUAAUAAAUCAUUAAGCUU